AUGACUGAAAAACAUGUCGCUUCCGGUGCUUGGCAACAUCGAUUAUCAAAAGGUGACUUUUUUACUAUUGAUCAUCACUUUAAAAAUCCAUCAUGGACACAAUCAACUGUUCCAACAUUUGAACAACUUGAUUGUAAACCAGAACUUAUAGAAACCCUUAAAAAAGCAAAUAUUCAUAAUCCUACUUCAACUCAAUCACGUGUUAUUCCAGAAUUACGAACAGGUCGUCAUAUGAUUAUAGCAGCUGAAACUGGUGGUGGAAAAACAUUAGCAUAUCUUGUACCUCUUAUUGAAUCACUUGUUCAUUGGAAAUCAUCAAAUCGUAUAAUACAAAUGGAAAAUGCGCCAUUUGCAAUUAUUCUUGCACCAACUCGAGAACUAAACAUGUUACAAGUAUUUAAUCAAUUAAAUGUUCGAACACGAAGUUUAAUCGGAAUCAAUACAGAUAAAGAUCCACUUAAUUUUACUCUUGGCGAAGUUGAUAUUAUUAUUUCCACACCCGGUAUUCUAUUACGGCUUUUGAGACAAGAUGAACAUUUUGGUAUUGAACGACGUUUAAUUGGUAGUAAUCUUCGACAUGUAAUCGUUGAUGAAGCUGAUACUCUAUUGGAUAUCACAUUUAGUCCUGCUGUUGUUGAAAUUAUUCGACGUUUAGAAAUUGAUGUACAACCAAUAAAUGAUCUUGAACAGAAUGCUCCACCAGCUGUCCAACUUGUUUUUGUUUCUGCUACCAUACCUACAACAACUGAAGAAAGUCUAAAAGAAUUAAUCAGUGCUGAUCAAAUUGAUAAAAUGUUAACUCCAUCUGUACAUCGUAUUAUGCCGCAUGUUCCUCAGAAAUUCUAUCGUAUUGGUAACCAACAAAAACUCGGUCUACUAUUAAAACUAGUCAAAUAUGAUUUAGAAAAGAAACAUGCUUGUUUAAUAUUUUGUAAUCAAACCAAAACAGUUAAAUUUCUUCAACAAUUCUUUCGUGAUCAACGUAUAGAGAUUCUUGUUAUGCAUAGUCAAAUGACCGAUACAAAACGUGCAAACAAUCUUGAACAAUUUCGAAAUGGUGACGAUAAAGUCAUGUGUGCUACUGAUAUUAUUUCACGUGGUGUUGAUACUUAUUGGGUUGAACAUGUAAUUCAAUUUGAUUUUCCACGUUUUAUGUCCGAUUAUAUCCAUCGUACUGGUCGUGUUGGUCGUAUUGGUUCAAAAAAUCCAGGCAAAGUAUCAAGUUUUGUUAGUCGACCACAUGAAGUCACUCUUGCUCAAAAAAUCGAAGUUACUGCGCGUAUGAACAAAAAACUUAGUGGAGUGAAUAAUGAUAUAAAAAAACAAUUAGCUUUGCAUGCAGAACAACGGGAACAAAAACAAGAAAAAAUUGAAAAUCGACAAGCACGGGAAGAACUUUGCAAGGAAGUUAUUCGUUCAGCUAUGGUUUAA